UCCGCUCUCCAUACUAAAUAGGAAAUCGAACGUGAUGUAAAAUCUACUCCACUCUCCAAGCAUAAGCUGCCAAAAAAACUUAAUACAGCACAAAGAUCAGCCAUGGAGGGGGCUGAAAAUGGCUGCUAACGCUUUUCUAAUAAGCGAGGAUGAUGAAGUUGCUUCGGCAUUUCUUCCAACCUUUGACGCGAACUCAGCUCAGACAUUGACGAUUUCCGCUGUUCAACACGAUGAUGGAAAAGGUCGGACUGGAUCAUGGUGAAAAUGACAGCGAUGACCUGAGCCCCGUUCAGAAAGAUUCCCCCAGCCAGGCACCGGAAAACACGAGCGAGCCUGCAGACCAAUCCACUGAAGGACACCGGGUCCAAGCUGAGCAGCGAACUGCGUCAAGUGAUGGGGUUUCCAAGGAAACAAGGCACGACUCCCCUGAUCCCCUAUCGGAAGUGCCCGUCAUAAACCUGAUGCAAAGAGGGGUCCAGCCUAUAAAUGAGAGUGAUCAGAAAGGCACGUUUACUCAUUUAGUGCCGACCACCGAGUUGUCAAGACCCCCGGUGCCUCUGACUCUUCAGAGCCCAGUCAGUGAGAAUCGGAUGGUCCAGUUAACGGCAGCUCACCUCACUCUGCCUGCAGCCAGAGCGAUGCUGUACAACAGCACGUCCCAGUAUCAGACCCUGCCUCUUCUAAGCAGUGAUCCAGAACCAUUCAACAUGUUCCCCAGUAACAGAGCGAAACGAAGGCCAGCUCCUUACGAAGUGGAAGUCACUACUGGUACCACGCAGCCCAAAAUCGUCCGGCGGAUUUUCACAAACAGCAGGGAGCGGUGGAGGCAACAGAAUGUCAAUGGCGCCUUUGCUGAACUUCGCAAACUGAUCCCGACACACCCACCCGAUAAGAAACUGAGCAAGAACGAGAUCCUGCGCCUAGCCAUGAAAUAUAUAAAUUUCUUGGCCAAACUCCUGAGUGAUCAAGAACAGGAGGGCGAACAGCGCGGGCUACAGAUUAAAGAGGCGGACAGUACGAGGCUGCCCAGCGAUGACAUGCAGGAGAUGUCUCCAGACUCGAGCUGUGGAAGCUGUUUUGAUGGAACAGGAAGCCCGGGAAGUCUAAGCGAAGAGCACGAUCACCUCGAGUCACGACACGGAAACCACCAUCACUCCAUACUUCCUCCAGAUGUCAAUGGACAACGGUGAUAUCCUUGCAAAAAAAAAGAGCCGACAAGGGGAAUGGAAAAUUGCAGCUGAAAGAUAACACAGACUGUUACUCUUACUACCGCCUGCCGAAUCGAUUAGCGUUUUAUUUUCUGAUAUUUUCUGUAUCACUAACAUUUUCAGGUACAAAAAAACAAAAUGACUAUCCUUUCGGAUUUAAAUUUUACCGGAUUUAUCAAUGAAUCUGUUUAAAGACAAUGUAAUAUUUCCUAAAAUCGUGGUACAUGUAAAUAUUGUACGAGCUUCGAGCACCGUCUAUGGAGAGAAAAGGCGGCUACGUCAUGGAAAACCUAAAACGACCGGAUUAGUUUUAUUUAAAACAGUAAAAUUUUCCCCCAUGUUAGGCUUUUUAUAUCAACACAACCAGUUCAUACACACCAGCCGGGACACACUAAUCAUUUAUCAAAGAAGCACUGAGCAGGGGAGAGGUACUUUGUUUUACAUUAAAAUUUGGGCGUCCGAAAAGGGAUCCCAGGACUUUAAGCGGAAAUAAGGAAGCUCAUAAAUUAAAAGACGAAGCAAAAUAAAAACAAAACACGUGAAUUGUUGAGCUAUAUUGUAAUUUAAGUAAUAAAAGAAACCGAGGGUUUAAAUCUUUGAAGAAUUAAAUUUCCUAGGAUAACUAUUUUGUAUAUUUUCGUGGUUUGAGUGAACAAUGAACCACUUUCUGUGUAUUAUCAGAGUUGUUGCAGCUAUUUACAGGUCCCUGUUUUCUAUUUCUUAUGGAAAAUGAUUAUUAUUUAUUCCAUGUGCUCAAUACUUAAGCGCAACGGAACAACUAGAAUAUCAGGCAUUUUUAUGGGUACAGAUUGUGACAUUUUUCCUAAGUACUUUACCAUUCUGCAAAAGAGAAAUUCAUGUAUUUAAUAAUUCGAUGGACAAUGUGUUGUUAAUUUUAAACUAUAAAAGGCAUGGUACACUCCUUAUUUUCCACGUUCGCUUUUUGCCUGCUAUAUGUAUUGUGAAUACCAUAGUAUAUAAUUCACGCUGCACUUUCAGUAUAUUUUGUAUGUGUUUCUUUUUGUUUCUGCGUUAGCAGAGAUUGGGUAACGAAACCUGUUAACUACUACAAUGUACAUUCUGACAGGGCGAUUCUCACUGGUAUCCUUUGUAAAGCCUAAUGUGGCUGCAAAGUUUGCGUGCAGUAUGUAUAUCACGUAUUGUUGUAAAAUAUAUGCAAUGUUAUAUUACCAAGAAUUUACUUUUAAUAAAUUGUAUACAAUUUAA